AUGGCCAUUACUAUUCUACCACCGACGUUUGACGACUUUCGAAAUACAGCACGGGAUGUACAAGAUUCGGAUGAAGACAUGGACAUGGGCGAUGAAAACAGGCCAGCAAAGAGAGCUCGUCUGUCUGGCAUAACAGAUACCAUUGUCACCCCUGGAGAGAUAAUUACAGAUGACCCGCAAUGGAUGAGAGGCCAUGGAACGUUCACACCUGCGGUACCGGCGACAACAAAUAUAAUAGCGACUGUAGCUGGAACAGUGCUCAAGACCAAUAAGCUUCUCUCUGUCUACCCGUUGCGCGCUCGCUACACACCUGAAAUCGGCGACUUGGUCGUCGGCCGAAUAGUCGAAGUGCAAUCAAAGCGAUGGAAGGUUGACGUUUCAGCUCCGUUACUCGCACAAUUACCUCUAUCAGCGAUCAACUUGCCCGGUGGAAUCCUACGCAAGCGUACAGCUGCAGACGAGCUACAGAUUCGCUCGUUCUUCAAUGAAGGUGAUCUCGUGGUGGCAGAAGUACAAACGGUACAUGGAGAUGGCGCUGCAUCCUUACACACCAGAUCGUUGAAAUAUGGCAAACUACGUAACGGCUUGUUUUUGGCCGUGAGCGGUAUGGGUGGUGGUAGCGGAACGGCCAGAGGUACAGGUGUAGUCAGGUCAAGGAGGCAGGUGUGGACUAUUGAAACUGCAUACGGUGGCCCAAUUGAUGUCAUCCUCGGCGUGAACGGAUAUAUUUGGAUUUCCAAACAUGUUCGCGACCCUUCGGAAGAAGAUAGCAGCGGAUUCAAGUCGAAGGUCUCGUUCACGCGACUGGAAGAUAUGGUUAGCACGUCGAUGUAUUCGAGUCAGAACGAUAAUAUCCCGCUGGCCACAAGAAAGGAAAUUACCAGAAUCGCUGGAUGUAUUCGCGUUCUAGUCGAGGGUGGAGUCAAGGUCGACCAGGAGACGGUUAUGAAGGCCUAUGAAGCUAGCCUGGCUCUGGAUGACGAGGAAGAGGAUAGUGACAUGGAGGGAGAUGACGGCCAGGGCAGUACUCGCAAGGACGGCCGGUAUUAUCUUGGAGGUGAAAAGGCGAGCAGGCUUAUAGCUACUGUCCUGAGCCGGGGCCCCUAA